CUUGACCCACCAUGAAGCACAUGACCGUUAUCCGCAACGUUCCGAAUUCACAGAAUUUAAAAUCUUCCAUUGCUGCCGACCGUUGGGACUUCAUUCCACACCUCACACGACACCACCGCUCUCUCUUCACUCUUCAGUCUUCACUACUCGCAAACUCUCCUUGGAGAAAUGAGAAUUUUGUCUCCAGACAAUUAAGAAACCCCCAAGUAUUCGGAGAAAUUCCUCUGAGAGGACUCGUCCCUUUUCCCAUCUUUUUCAUUCUAGCCCAGAAUUAUAUAGGAUUCCUCUUUACAUUUCUUGAUUUUUUUUUUCUUUCUUUUGGGGAAUAGAUAAGAGUAUUGCUUAAUCUAUCUUGAUCAGGAGGGGCGUUUUAUUGGACCAUUGUUUUUUUGAGAAUUUUGAUAUAUAUUUGGGUUGAUCUUUUGAAGAUUUACAUGGCGUCCUUGGCACCUGGGAUUCUGUUGAAGCUUCUGGACGGGAUGAACACAGGGGUGAAGCCCACAAGCGAGCACAGGAGCUCGCUUUUGCAGGUCACAGACAUUGUUCCCGCAGAUCUUGAUGAGAAAAACCUUUUACCAAAACAUGGUUUUUACAUCAAAGUUUCGGAUUCUUCGCAUUCCAUUUAUGUGAGUCUCCCUUUUGAACAAGAUGAUCUUGUUAUGAGCAACAAGAUGCAGUUGGGUCAGUUCAUUUACGUUGACAGGUUGGAGCCCGGUUCGCCUGUUCCUGUCGUUAGGGGCGCCAAACCGCUCCCAGGGAGGCACCCUUUGAUGGGCACACCAGAGCCAUUGAUGGGGUUGAGAGCAAAGGGGGAGAAGAAUGAGCAGAAGCCCAAUGUUAAAUUGUCAGCUCCUAGAAGGGGUUCUUGGGGAACAGGGCCUAAUGGGAGUGAAAAUCCUCUAUCACCUAGAAAUUUGAAGCCGGUCCCAUUGGACUUUGACCAGUGUACACCGGUGAAGGAGAGGCCGCCUAGUGCAGUGAAAUUCUCCGGGAAUUUUCCUAUGUCACCGAUGAUAAGAGGGAAAGCUAUGAGGGAUGGGAGCGCGGUGAGGUCUUCAGUAGGUGGUGCUUUCUUGUCUAAAAUGGUGGAGGCUAAGGGAGAAACUCCAUUAAUUCGGAAAAGUUGUGCUGUCACGCCUUCCUCGUCUAAGUUCUCAAGGAGCAAAAGUGUUUGUGACAGAGAGCAUAGGAUUUCCAAAAGUACCUUCAACAUAGCUGAGAACAAGAGCUCGACGCCACCUCCAAUAUUGAGGAAUGUGAACACAGCGGAUUCCGCCAUUGUUGGUGGAAAUGCAGAGUCUCACUCAAAGCCGAAGAUUGCUUCACAAUCUCGAAUUUUAUCUGGUGAUUCAGACUCCAUAAAUACAAGUCUUCACAUGAAUUUACCUGGAAAGCUCAGCAAUCUUGGAAAGGAGGCCGUGCAACAGCGAGAAACAGCACAGAAGGUUGCCCUUCAAGCACUAAGAGAUGCCUCAGCCACCGAGAACCUUGUUCGCUCUCUCAAGAUAUUUUCGAACUUGACAAAAUCAGCUAAACUAGAUGACCCAUCAACCUGUUUUGAUCAAUUUCUUGAGUUCCACAACCAAAUUGUGCAAGCAGUGGCAGAAAUGGUGUCCAUCCAAGCAGCAACUACUGCUAGUGAAACAGCUAAAAGAUCAAAUGCAGAACCAAGGGAAGCUACUGGAAAGUAUCAUGAAGAAGAAAGCUCAGUUUUACAUGAACUAAUCCCCAAUUCUGUGGAAGGACAACCAAACUCAGAGUCAAAUGCAUCAAAAAGAAGGGCUGCCCUAUACAAAUCUAUCGCAGCUUUUCCUGAAAGAACUGAACAGAAGUCAGUUUUGGGAAAACACUUGAGAUCUUCAACUCUGAACCAGAAGGCAACUUCGGAGAAAAAGGGAGUAGCGGCCUCUGAAGCUGCAGGAGAGAAUGAUGAAAACAAAAAACCGGGAUCAUCUUGCAGUUUGUCGAGUAGCAUCAAAUUGGGGAAGCAGAUUGAAACUGAAGCAGGCAACUGGUUUAUGGAGUUUCUAGAGAAAGCAAUGGAGAAGGGGACGAGAAAAUCAAAAGGAACGGCAGAAGGUGCUAGAAAAUUGCCUCAGUCACUUAUAUUGAAGGUGAUCAAUUGGGUAGAAGUGGAACAGAGUGACCCAAAUAAGAGGCCGGUGCAUCCUAGAGCUGCAGUUAUAGCCAGGAAGCUCAGGAUUAAGAUGAAAAACCCUUGAGUUUUGCAUCAACUAUCGUUUGUCAGUUAUGAAAGUAAACUGCUAUAGUUCCGCUACAUGUUAGUGUGAUUAGGUCUUAGAUUUUGAGCAUAGAUCCGGUAUAAGAUUGCAUCUAACAUAUCAUUCUUCCAUGUUUUGUACUGAAAUUUAUUCUGUGUUGUUUAGUAAAUCUUCCACCUUUUUCUUUGGAGUU